CACUCCCUCUCUAACCUCCACAUUCAAAACUCUUUCUCUCUCUCUCUCUCUCUCUCUUCUCUGUAUCUCUGGGAGCCAUGGAUGAUCUAACGGAUGAUUUACAAAGCAUGAGUUUCAACUCAACAACAACAGCAACAGCAGAAAUCAAUAGAAGUACAAGUUCAGGUUCAGAAACAACAACAUGGACAGCAUCAAGUUUAUCAUGUUCAACCUCAGCAAGAACAACAACAACAAAUAACAAACGGUACACACCAACUGGAGAUCCAUAUUGGGAUGGAAUCAGAAGAAUCAGAUCUGAAUCAGUCAAUGGAAAAGUAUCGCUAAAUGAUUUGAAGUUUAUUCAGAGAUUAGGAAGUGGUGAUAUCGGAAAUGUUUAUUUAGUGGAAUUAAAAGGAGUUUCUGAUGAUAAUAAUAAUAAUAAAAUUAAUGGUUGCUGUUAUUACGCUGCUAAAUUGAUGGAUAAAAAAGAACUUGUUAGUAGGAACAAAGAAGGAAGAGCGAAGAUGGAAAUGGAAAUAUUAGAAAUGUUAGAUCAUCCUUUUUUACCAACUCUUUAUUCUUACUUAGAAUCUACUGAACGGUCUUGUUUAUUAACUGAGUUUUGUCCCGGCGGUGAUUUACAUGUUCUCCGACAGCGACAGCCUUUCAAACGCUUCGACGAGUUAGCCGUUAGGUUUUACGCAUCGGAGAUAACAGUAGCAAUGGAAUACGUGCACAUGAUGGGAAUCGUGUACAGAGAUCUCAAACCGGAAAACGUUCUAGUAAGAGUCGACGGUCAUAUCAUGUUGACUGAUUUUGACCUCUCACUAAAAUGCGAUAAUUCAACAACAAACCCUCAGAUUGUCACUAAUCAAACCUCUUCACCAAAUCUCCCUCCGUCAACCGACCCGUCUAACAAAUUUACGUCUUCGUCUUGUAUUCUUCCCCACUGUAUAGGGCCAGCAGUUUCAUGUUUCCGACCAAGACUUCGGCGCAAGAAGAAGCAAACAAAUCGAGGUGGACCAGAAUUCGUCUCAGAACCAGUUGAUGUCCGAUCGAUGUCGUUCGUGGGUACUCAUGAGUACCUAGCGCCUGAAAUCGUGUCGGGUGAAGGUCAUGGAAGUGCAGUAGAUUGGUGGACAUUAGGAAUAUUUAUGUAUGAACUUUUAUACGGUUAUACACCAUUUAAAGGGACGGAUAAUGAUUCAACGAUGGCGAAUAUUGUAGCUCGAGCACUAGAAUUUCCUAAAGAACCUUCUGUUUCUGCUCCGGUUAAGGAUUUGAUAACUCAGCUGUUGGUUAAGGAUCCAGUUAGGAGAUUAGGUUCUACAAUGGGUGCUACUGCAGUUAAACAUCACCCGUUUUUUCAAGGUGUGAAUUGGGCACUAUUGAGAUGUACCUCACCACCUCAUAUUCCUCCUCCAUUUGUCAUCCGAGAAAUUGAUGAGUCUGACGAUAGCUGCCCUGAUACACCAGUGGAUUAUUACUAAAUGCCAUUAAACGGGCUACGGUUAUAAUAGUACGAUCGGUUGGUUUUGUAUAGGAAGAAUAGGGCUUAUGGUUUCUUGAGUCUUCGAAUGGUUCUGGCUGGCAUAUAUUUACAGUAUAAACCGUAUUGUUAAUUUUGAGCUGAUUUCAUGGCCAGUGAGAUUGUUACACAUACUUCUCUUUUUUUUGGAUAUUCUUGCUUAAUUAGUUGGUAAAAAAACAGACUGAUACUUCUUUGUAUUUGUUUGAACAUUUUUUAUGUCGGAAUGGAGAGCAAAAUGAGCCGGUGUUUAAGAUGGGUACAAAAUGUUGAAACUGGCCGGUUAAGGGUAAGUUCAUGGGAGGUGUAUGGUGGAGAUGGUGUGAUAAUUGAUGGUUGGAAGUUUAUGGACGUAUCAAGCAUGGAUAGGGAAAGAUUUUGUUUGUGGAUGGAUGGUAUUUGUGUUUUGUUGUGCCCUACCCAUGUGUGAUGUUUCUGGUAGGAGGAACUUGAAAGGUUUUUAAUUUUGUCACGAGGGUAUUAAUUAUGAGCCGGUGGUCUGGAAUCUAUGUACCAUGUAUAUAGGUUGUUUUAGUGUUCAUAAGUCUUUCCUCCACAUGGACGCUUAAAUUCAUGUAUAUUUUUCAAUUGAUUUUUCAUGUUUCCAUCUGUUAAGAUCAUAGAUAGAAAAGAACCAUCAAUGCUAGGUCAAACAGAUUAUGUUAA